AUGGGUAGGCGGUGUGGAUUCCGCCCCGCCUCUGGAGCGACUGUGCCUAGUUUAGUCUCCCCACACCCCAUCGCCGUCUUUGGUUGCAGGGCCUUCCCGCGUGGCUUUUGCGGCACGGCCAAGAUGGCAGCGGCGGCGGCGGCUUGCAGCGGCUGGAGGUGCCUGGGGCGGUUCACAUGGCGCCGCUGCGGCGGCCCCGGGCGGCUGAGCCUGCAGGAGACGCAGAGCCCGGCCCGGGGCCUGUCCGCCUCGUCGGGAGUCCGGAGCGGCGUGCAAGGCUGGGCCAGGAAGAGGAGCUCUCUGCUGCUGGGCGCCGCCUUCGCCCUGGGGGGCACCUUCGGCCUCUACCAGACCCUGCGGCACCGCUUCCACCGCCGCGAGCAGCUGGCCGAGCAGCAGCACCAGCAGCUGGUCGCCGAGCUCCCCGAAGGCACCCUCCAGCUGACUCUGUACCAGUACAAGACCUGUCCCUUCUGCAGUAAGGUGCGAGCCUUCCUCGAUUAUCAUGGGCUGCCUUACGAAAUUGUGGAGGUGAAUCCAGUCAUGCGGAAGGAGAUUAAGUUCUCUUCCUACAGAAAGGUGCCUAUUCUUCUGGUCAAUGCUGGAAGUGCCCUGCAAUUGAAUGACUCCUCAGUGAUCAUCAGUGCCCUUAAAAGCCAUCUCAUUUCCAGGAAGAGUUUGGAUGAGAUCGUGUCCUAUUACCCUUCUAUGAAGGCCCUGAACGACCGGGGGAAAGAAGUGACGGAGUACAACAAUAAAUACUGGCUCAUGUUGAAUGAGCAGGAGACAAUGCACCUUUACCCCAUCAAAGCUGCAAGGACGGAGGAAAUGAAAUGGCGGAAAUGGGUGGAUGACUGGCUGGUACACCUCAUCUCGCCCAACGUUUAUCGCACGCCCGGUGAGGCCCUGGCGUCUUUUGACUACAUUGUCCGUGAGGGCAAGUUCGGUACACUGGAGGGCUUCUUUGCCAAAUACCUGGGGGCUGCUGCCAUGUUCUUCAUUGGUAAGAGGCUGAAGAGCAGGCACCAUCUGCAGGACAAUGUCAGAGAAGAUCUGUACGAAGCAGCCAAUGAAUGGGUAAAAGCCAUCGGCAAGCACCGGAUGUUUAUGGGGGGAUCCCAGCCGAACCUUGCUGAUUUGGCUGUCUACGGAGUCUUACGGGUCAUGGAAGGACUGGAAGCUUUUGAUGACAUGAUGACUCACACCAAGAUUCAGCCUUGGUACCGUCAUAUGGAGGCGGCCAUUGGACAUGCCGGAGCUGCUAAUUGAUGUCUUCUACUGCUGACUUGCAGCCGUCGCCUGCAGCCCAAGGCCCGCUUGUAGAGAAAAACAUUUUGAGUUGCAAGCAAAAAAAGACCUUCACGGAGACGGGACUGAAAUGAACUAACUGAAAUGCCCAAUGGAGACAUAGUAAAGAUUUCUGGGGCAGCCAGGGCCACAUUUUCUAGGAAGCAUAGAGUGUUAGAGGUACACAGUAGACAUUAUGCUUGGCAAGAGAAUUCUGGUUUUAAAUGUGCACGGAGAGCAUCUGCGAUUGUACGGACCGCAGCGUUGGCUGUUUUUGUUCCGUUUUUGAGAUUUGACUUCCGAUUCUGUUUCUGACUUGACCUACACAUCUUCCUGACCGUUUUGAAACACUGUUAAUGGCGCAGAGACUUGCUGAAGGAGAUCAAGGAAACGAGGCGCUUGGCAAAAGAACCACCUGGUGCGAUGGUAGAGAAGGGAUACCUGUAGAAGAAACGCACUUCCAGCUCUUCAAAGGCAAUGGGUUUGGAACAUUUCCCCCCUCCCCCUAUAGAUUCCAAAGUGGUUUAAUUUCUUCCUCUGGGAUGCAGUCUCUAGUUACGGGCUUCUGUGUUACCUGCCGGCAGACUCAGAUAGCAUAGUAUAUGCUGGCAGCAAACAGUUAUGGAAUGUUCCUUUGAAAAUGAAUUACCUUUCUGGAAAUGCGUCUCCUGACUGGAACAAGUGAAAACUGAGUACCUCCUCCACUCAUGAAUUGCUGCCUAGCUAAGAAAAUGGGUUGUGCGUUCCUAAGUUCCUGCCUAGAAGAUGCUUCCUUGUCAGAAUGAGUGUUGGCAUGCAUUAGGGCUUAGGGAGAUCCCUGGCCUUGACUGGGAACUACGGUAAGCCAAAGAGACACGCCUCUUGGCUAGCAGGGAGGACACAUUACCCCUUUAUAGAGCUGCUGCUGAAUUUGCAGCUGACCCGUGCCAUCUCUGCGUAGGACAGACAGUGGAGGUGAUUAGCCGGUAAAGCUGCUCCCAGCCUCUUGGGAAAAGGCUGGGGGGGGGGGAUGUGUGUAGUUUGCAGAACUGCUUUUGUAAGGGCCUGAAGGUGGUCCCCACCUGGGCAGGAGGGAAGCCACCUGGAGCAGGGGGAACCAGGUGUCUACAAACUUCCUUCCCUUCGCUAUCUGGGGUGAUGCAUCCAGGGUGAGGUGAGGCCAGAACUGCCCACACAUACACAGACCACAUACAUGAAGACUGUACCUGCAAGAAUGGCAAAUAUGUAAAUUUCUACAUAGAUCUGAUUAUCACACAUUAUGGUUUAAACACAGGCAGCACGUAACUUAUAUAUGGAAGUGUGGUAAAAUGUAAAAUAUCCCUGACGGUUAGGACAGUUGGCUUACUCUUUGAUUGUUAGAUUGGUUUAACGGUUAUUUGCUUAAUGAGCAAGAAAUCCUUGGAAUUGCAGAGCGGCAAGAGGAGUGUUGGGUUUCUUCGACUGAAUUCUCAACUUACUCAGCGGUUUUGGGGGAGUGGAGGGGAUUGGGAAGAUGUACAACAGCAUGGUUAUAAGUCUGUAGAAUAGAUGCAGCUUCAAGCAAAUUUGCCUUUGUUGGUUUCUAUGGGUUAUGGUAGUCUUCAGCGUGAAUCGCAGAAUUAGCCUGCCGUGUUUAUGUCCGGGAAGGGAGUCACUACACUGGAUCACAGUGGGGCUUGCUUUUUAAAUAAACAUAGAUAGGAUUGUGCUGUGGAUGAAACCGUGGAUGUCAGUGGGACUGCUCUGUGAAAAGCAGCCCUUUGAAGCUGUGCAUCCUUCUGUGUUUCUGAGCGGAUCAGCACUCGAAAGUUGGGUUGAUUGGCAAGCCAAAAACAAUUCUGCUGAAGGUAAUGGGGUUACUUCAUUGCAUACGACCGGAUGAUUGCUGCUGAAAUUGAAUCUGCAUUUGCUUUUCAGUUGGCCUAAUGCAAAAUUCAGAAAUGAAUUUGAUGUCUUCCCCCCUCCAUCCCUCUUCAUUUUCAAAGCAGUCCUUCCCUUAUAAUCUACUAUUGUGUGUGUGUGUGGGGGGGGAGUUCUGCUGAAAUCAAAGACUUGCUUCCAUGCUGAUACUCUGAGCAACAGCAGAAAAAAACCCAGCAGGUUUCUGUGAUACCCAGCCUCCAAAUUAAUAAAAGGAAAAAUAACAAGACAAAGAUUAUAUAUUCUCUCAAAUGCUCUCAUACAAAACACUUAAAGACAUUCAUACCCUGGCAAUAGAACACUCAGUAACAUAAAUAUAAGGACCAAAAUUCCAAGUACUUCAAUGACAACUUACUGUCUAUUAAUCAAAGUGUGGUCCUCCAAUUCUUCAAGGAUCCCCAGUUCAAAAUUGUUCCUGAGGAGUCCAGAAGUAGUAGUAACAGAAACCUGUUGGGUUUUUUUCUGCUACUCUCCACUGUGAUUCUCUUGUUGGUUUCAAAUACUCUGAGCAAUGGCAUGUUGAGUUGCAGCUUCCCUUCCUGUGAGAAUUCUUCUUUAUGCGAUUGUCACAGGCACUGACAAUUUGGGGAAGUUGGGAGUUGGUGUGUGCAUUGCCAGUCCUUGAAGCAGAAGUUCGCACUGUCUGUGAAAGGAAAACGCCUCCCCCUCCAUUUUCCUCUUGUUCCAUAGACUGCUUUCAGUAGAGUGAGUUGACUGUGCAAAGAUAUCAGGGAUGCACCCACCUACGGAUUUUUCUCUGGACUUGAAGAAACGAUAUUUGGAAUAAAGUAUAUUUGUUGCUGUUUGGCA